AUGGACACCAGCUACCUCUCCAAGCAGGUCAACAACAGCAUUGGCCAGCUGCACAGCUUGUUCGACGACAUUGGUGUGCCGGAUCAUGAGCGCGAGGCUCGAGAAGCCGAGCUGUUUCAAGCUCUGUCAGAAGCGCUCAACAACCAUUUGCGCUUGGUGACGUCGGAGAAGAAGCAGAUGAUUGAUGAGUGCAAGAAGGUUGUCAUUGAAAUUCGACAGAUGGAGGCCUCUUUGGAUGACUCUAGACCUCGAAGGAAGAAUUCGAAUGGCGAGAGCAUCAAGAUUACCUAUCCUCUAAUGGAAUGCUUGGAGACGCUCAAGGAGAAGCACAGCCAGGUACAGAGACUGCGCCAGGAGCGGGUUGACCAUGUGCAGAAGCUUGUGGAGGCCCUUGAGUCUUACUCGUCACACCUAGAGCCUUCGUUUGUCAAGGUUCCCCUACCGUCUACGGAGCCCAACGCAUCCAUUCCUCUCAACUUUGACCUGUCACCGUCCUACAUGGACCGCCUAGACGCAGAGUUUACGCGAGUGUAUGAAGAGUAUACUCGCCGGCUCGCGACGGUGGAAACAUUGGGCGACGAAAUCAUCCAGCUCUGGGCCGAGCUUGGCACUCCUCAAGCCCAGCAGGACACAGCCAUCAUCAAGUACUACCGCGAAGCCCCUGAGCAGCUCGGCCUCCACCAGGAAGACAUUCAGAUUUUGCAGGGCAAGCACGACAAGCUGUCAGAGGAGAAGAGGAACCGCGAGAAGAAGUUGCAACAGCUCAGGAGUACCGUCGAAACGCUCUGGGAGAAGCUAGGCAUUCCUGAAGAGGAGACCAAGGAUUUCCUCAGCCAGAACAGGGGUUGUGGCAUGCGACAGAUUAACGAAUUCGAAGACGAGCUUGAGCGGCUGAAUGAAGUCAAGCGCCAGAACCUGCACAUCUUCAUCGAGGACGCGCGCGUCAAGCUUCAAGAGCUCUGGGAUGCCCUGUACUUUUCCGAAGAUGAGAUGCUCGACUUUACACCCGCCUUUUCAGACGUUCACAGCGAUGCACUGCUAGAGGCCCACGAGCGCGAGGUUGCUCGGCUCGAGGCACUGAAGGAACAGCGGGCCCCAAUUCUGAGCCUGAUUGAAAAGCACAAGGCUUUGAUCAAGGACCGCGACGACCUCGUCGCCUCAAGCCAAGAUGCGUCUCGCCUUAUGCUGCGCGGACAGAAGGGUGAGAAGCGAGAUCCUGGAAAGCUGCUUCGCGAGGAAAAGAUGCGCAAGCGCGUCGCCAAAGAGCUCCCCAAGGUGACGGCCGAAGUGAAAAAGGCACUCGAGCAGUGGGAGGAAGAAUACGACCGACCCUUUUUGGUCUACGGCGAGCCAUACGUCGACGAGGUAGAACUCGAAGAUGCAAAGAAGCCUACCCAACGCUCCAGAACACCUGCUGGCCCUCCUCCAGCAUCUGCCAGGAGCCUUCUCAAGUCGGCAUCGGCGUCGACAAUGAGGCCUGCUACUACCAGCAAGGUCUCGGCACCUUCUCAUACGUUGACGAGAACCCCCACGACGGGUAGCAUCUAUAACCUGGGCAACAAGUCUCAGCCAAUGUUUUCAAAGUCUGACAUACAGAGGAGCAACAGCAGCCCUACCAGAGGACCAGUGGCAAGAGUGCCCCUGUCCAAGAUGAAAGAUGGCAACAAUUCACCAGAGCGGACCAAGCGGCCCAUUGGAGGCUCGGUCAGAAUCCCUCCGCCCAAGAUGCGCGAGUUGAGAUCAGUGGCCUCGCUGGAAACACCAAUGAACCCAUACAAGUCUGUGGGUCUGAAUCAUAGCAUUAUCCGCGCGGUUGAUCCCGAAGAUGUCUACGAUGACCGGACGCAGUCAGCCAAAAAGGGCCGACCCGACUCGAACAUGUCUCAUUCUCGACAGAACAGCUUCCUGGAUGAGGAUUACGAGGAUCACUACUCAUCGGUACGGGGAGUCCCAGGGUAUCCUCGACCAUCAGCCAGACAUCUUUCCAGCACAUCCACAACAUCAACAGUGGUUACCGGAUCGGAGAACUGGGAGACGUAUGAUGACAAUAGUGAGCCGGAGCUGGACACGUCAGAUGCAUACUUUGCCAAGCUCCGAGCUCUUCGGGGCAAGCGAACAGAACCCGAACAAGGCCAUCGCCCAACAAGCAGUUCGGCAAAGCGCACACGUGGAGUUCCUGCAGCGCAUGAUGCGGCGCCAGUGACGACUGACCAGGACGGCAACCGGAUAAUAUCUGGAAGCGAGUGGACAGACGAGAGUGCUUACUAG